AUGAAAUCGGAAAUGUACAAUCUCAUUCCUCCCAAGGCACCGCCGAAUCUAACGAACCCAAAUCUGUACGCCGGUCGCUCGACAAAACCCAUCCCAUUGGAACUAUCUUUGCCUCUACGCUGGCAAAGAGGAGCUCAGUUUUUAGGUGUUUCACUGUCAAUCACCUGUGGCAUCUGGGGGGUACUUUUUGCUGAUUUUGGAAAUGGCGAUCGCGAGAUCGUAUUCUCACCAAUUCGCCGAUGGUUCGCUCCUUACAAGUCACUCAUCUUCGGUGACAGUACCAAUCAUCAUUUAACACACGCUCAAGCAGAUAAUGUGCUUUCGAAUACCGAACCUAAGCCGGCUUGA